UGUGAGAAGAAUGACUUCGAUUCCAAGCUCUCAAGUGACAUCGCCACUCAUAAAGCCAAGAUACUCGAGAGUCAAAUUUCUCAAGGAAUCCUCGAGGGCCACAUUCAAGUCAGUCAGCCAGCUGAACAUGCAAUUUCAUAUUCAGAUGAAGCAUUCAAAUCUGCCGCUAUUCAGUGGCUGGUAGAGACCGAUCAGCCUAUCGGAGCUUUUGAACAUCAAGCAUUCACAAACUUGAUCAAUCUCACUUCUCAUGCCAAGGGAGUGGCGAAAAUCUCAAAGCGAGCAUCAACACGUCGAGAAAUUGUCGAUCUGUUCCACCAAUGUCUAUGUGAUCUGAAGAAAUGGCUGCAAAUAUGCCUAUCUGAGUCAUCAUCCAGCUGA